UACCAGGGUUCUGUCGCAGCCUGGGGAGGGCCUCCAGUAGGUGUUCCUUGCGCGAAAAGGGGAUCAGUGCAUUGGGCUUAGCAAGUCUCCUUUUUUCCCCAGUUCUGUUUGACUGGGAUGGAGGCCUCUGGCUCUUUGGAUCAAGCUGAGCUCUGCUCAGGGAUUCUGCAGUAAGUGGGAGAUCCCUUAUGCAGGAUGGACAGAUGAGGGCGCAACAGCGGGUGGGAGCACAGCAUAAUGUCUUGUACCUGCCUACAGAAUGUGUUUUAUGGACUUGAAAAUGGUCAGAUACUAGGUUCUGCCACACACGGCAGGAAGGAGACUGAAAUGGGAUUGUCCUAAGAGCAACAAUUUCUUGCCAUAUGAAGGCAAACACUAUAAGCAGUUACAGUGUUUGCCUUCAUAUGGCAAAAAGUCAUAUUUUUCUUGCAUGGAUUUUUAAACCGUUAGUUCUCAGGAUGGUACACAAAUAAAUUGAAAGAAUCAGAUAUAAAAUAAUAACAAACCCAUCACAGGUAAAGAAGUGUGGGAUGAAAUCAAAGUAAAACCAACAAUAGAAGGUAAAAUUAUGUAAAAAACUAAAAAAAUUAGAACAUUUUUCUAAAAUAUCAGGUAAAAUUAAAAGGUCUUCACUAGGUACUGAAGAUCACAAUGUGGGUGCCUGAUCAGCUUAUCUGAGAAAGGGAUUUCACAUGUAGGGAAGCACCACUGAAAAUACUGUCUUUUUUUGUAACUGUCCACCUUGCCUCAUUUGGCUGGGAGACCUGGAAGAGAGCCUUGGACUAAUCGCCAAUAGGUAAAUACAGGAGGAGAGCAUCUAUCAGGUAAUGAGGCUCAAGCGCUUUAGGCCUUUAAAACCAGAAGUUUUUCUUGGCCUGGAAACAGACUGGAAGCCUGUACAGAUGGCAAAAAGUGGCAUCAUGCAUAGCGGGGGGGCGGGCCAGACUUGCUGAGCAGAAGAGGCAUGCACAGUAAAUGUCAGAUCUCAGAGUUUCAAGUGGGUGCCUGUGACUGAGUGACAAGCCACAAAAUAAACUUGAGCUGCAUCCAGCUCCUGAGACUCUGUUUGGCCACCCUGAUAUAUAGCAUAGCGUAAAUAUACAAGAUGUAGCAAGGAGAGGAUGGUUCCUCAGGUGAGUUAAUAAUUUGCAAGAAUAAUACUUUGAACCAAGAAGGUCAAACAAGUUUAUGAAAACUUUGUGUUUUUAUCUGACUCAUUCAGUGGAGUUCAGGAGACUUGGAGCCAAAUAUUAGAUUGCACAAGUCUUAUGGCAUAGAAAAUAGUCCUUGGUUUCUGCUGCUCAUUGUGGACCUGUUAGUCUAAACCUUCCUGCUCCCUUAAGAGAAAUACAGAGGGCAACCUAGUAAAAGGGUAACUUCGUUGCAAUAGUCUGAUAUGCACACACAACAAAUUACUUAUUCCAUCUGAUGGGACAAUAACAAAUUAGUCAUGUCCUAUACAAGAUUUGAAGUGGGUGCUGGAUUACUGACCACUAUCAAAGUUUUCUUCAUUCUCUUCUCUUCCUGUUUUCCAAGUAUUAUGUAAUUAGCUCCUGAUUUUUAUCUGAAUGCUGCCCUAUGUAUAGGGUCAUAGUUUAUAAGAUGCUAAAAUUUGAUUAUCUAAUAUUUAACCAUGAGGGACACAAAUUGCCUGUUCUGUGGACAUUGGACCCAUUUGUUAGACUGAAUCACAGCUGGUUCUGGUUUACUGGCUGUAUAGAGAAUGAGACAGCAGAAUCCCUCUUGGCUCUGUUUCUGUGGUUCUAUAGGUCAGAUGUGGAAGGAGGACAUACAGGACAAUAUUACCACUGCUACUUAGGAAUUAAUGGUGGGGAUGGGAUGAGGAGGUCAACAGCAGGCUUAGGACUUCUGUCCUGGACAUAAUCUUCUUGGAUUGCUCCCUACCUGGCUUACUGAGUCUUGAAGGAAGCAUUUAGUGAUCCAGUUCUCCCCAGUUGAGAUCAGUGGGUCCCCAGGUUCACUCCUUGGAAUUCCUCUGGCUGUGGCUAUGGGCACACCCUGAGGAGCUGCCCAGUUUCUGGGGUGAUUGGGACUUUGACUGUAACAGGGGUGCAUAGUUUCUGAAGACUUUGACACUGAUAAUACAGAACAGCAGCAAUUCAGAGCCAAGCUGGGUCUAUUCUAGAAUCAACAGAAGAGAAUAGCUUAUAAAAGGGACUUUGGCAAAAAGGUUGACUUCUUGGACAACACUCAACUACACCAUUCCUAGGACAUGUAGAAUUUCAUCCUGGACACAAUGCUCCACUGGACUCCAUGUCAUUUCCUCUCCCUCUAGUCUCUAGGAAAUCCUGAUUAGCUCCUCUGUCCAGUUCACACAAGGUUCGUGAAUCCAAUUCGUGGCACUGAACAUGCAGCAAGAGUUAAAGAUUAAUGACCUGUCACUGAGAGGUCCAAUGACAGUUUCCAACGCCCCUUUAUUUAGAAUGUGGGACUUUUGCCCUGCUCAGCUUCACUGGGCCGAUAGAGCGGUUGGGCAAAGGCAAGAAGAGAGACGGCUUUGCCAUGGCAGCAGCAGACUUGCAGCAGUUCUGUGGCUCUGUUUUUUGGAACUCCUCUCUCCUGGAUCGUGAUGAUGCAGACCUGACCCUCUGCUUUGAACAGACCGUUCUUGUAUGGAUCCCUUUGGGCUUCCUCUGGCUUUUUGGCCCAUGGCAGCUUCUCACCAUGUGCACAUCCAAGAGGAAGAAAUCAUCUGUUACAAGGAUUUACCUCACUAAACAGCUGAUAACUGGGUUACUUGCAUUGGUGGCGCUAAGUGAAUUGCUUUUCACGGUCAUUGAAGACUCUAACCAAAAACCUAUGAUCCAGUACACAAAUCCCGCACUCUACAUCAUCACUUGGAUGCUGGUUAUACUGAUUCAAGACAGCCACCGCUUCACUUUGCGCAGAGACUCGUGGGUUCUCUUCCUCUUCCUCAUCAUUUCUAUCGUCUGUGGUGUCUUUCAGUUCCAGACACUAAUCCGGAAAGCAGUGCAGAGGUCCAUCACUGAUAUACCACGUUUCAGCUUCUUCCUGAUUUCCUACGGGUUUCAGCUCAUCCUGUUCUUCCUCUCUGUUGUUUCUGACAUCGCCCCUGAAAUGAAAGAAGCUGCCAAGAAAAACCCGGAGAUCACAGCCUCUUUCCUGAGCUUCAUUACUUUCCACUGGUACAACAGCAUGGUGGUAAAGGGCUAUCGGAAGCCAUUACAGAUGGAGGACCUCUGGGAGUUAAGGGAUGAUAUGAAGACACAGCACAUGUUGGGCAAAUUUGAGGAGAAAGUGAAAUCUGGGAUCAGAAAGGCUCGACGAGCACUGGAUCUCCGGAAGCGGAAACGACAUGCAAGAGCCACUGACCACAUGAAUGGCUUAAGCAAGUCCCAAAGUCAAGAUGUGUUGGUUUUGGAAGAGAAACAGAGAAAAAAGAAAGAAAAAGUAGCCAAGGGAGACGCCAAAGGUGACUAUCCUAAGAGCUGGCUGAUGGUUACUCUGAUCCAAACUUUUUCUGGGAAUCUUCUGAAGUCAGUGGCAUUCAAGUUGGCACAGGACCUGCUGCUGUUUGUGAGCCCACAGCUGCUGAAGUUAAUGAUCAACUUUGUGUCCGAUCAAAAGGCCUACCCCUGGCUUGGCUACCUUUACGCCGUGUUGCUGUUUGUGACCGCCCUGCUGCAGUCUAUCUGUCUACAGCAAUAUUUCCAGCUCUGCUUUGAGCUGGGGAUGAGUGUGCGCACUGUCCUCAUGGCAGCCAUCUACAAGAAGGCCCUGUCGGUCUCCAAUGUCACGCGGAAGGAAUCCACAGUGGGCGAGACAGUGAAUCUGAUGUCGGUGGAUGCCCAGCGCUUCAUGGACUUUGUGAGCUUUGUGCACCAGCUGUGGUCAGCGCCAGUGCAGAUCGCGCUGGCUAUCAUGUUCCUCUGGUGGGAGCUGGGCCCCUCUGUCCUUGCCGGGAUUGGAGUGAUGGUGCUACUUAUCCCUGUCAAUGCUGCCCUGGUCACCAAGGCCAGGACCAUCCAGAUGAAGAAUAUGAAGCACAAGGAUGAGCGCAUGAAAGUAAUGAAUGAGAUUCUCAGUGGCAUCAAGAUACUGAAGCUCUUUGCCUGGGAGCCGUCAUUUCAGAAGCAAGUUCAAAGGAUCCGGACACAGGAGCUGAAGGGCCUGCUACGGUUUGCCUACCUGCAAUCAGUCUCCUUCUUCUGCUUCAACUGUGCUCCUUUCCUAGUCUCUGUGAUAACCUUUGCUGUGUAUAUUAUGGUGGAUGAAAACAAUGUCUUGGAUGCACAGAAAGCAUUCACUUCUAUAUCAUUCUUCAAUAUUCUGCGCUUCCCCCUUAGCGUUCUGCCAAUGGUGCUGUCCUCUCUGGUACAAGUCAGUGUCUCUGUGCAGCGGCUAGAGCGCUAUCUGGGCAGUGAAGACCUGAACACUGCAGCCAUACACCAUGAUCGCAGCCCUGGCUGUGCUGUGUCUUUCUCUGAUGCCUCUUUUGCCUGGGAACAGGAUUCUGAUGCCACCAUUAGAAACAUAAACCUGGAAAUUCCACAUGGGCACUUGCUGGCUGUUGUAGGGCCUGUGGGAUCCGGAAAAUCCUCACUCGUGUCAGCAAUGCUGGGUGAGAUGGAGAACAUCAAGGGGCACAUAAAUAUUCAGGGUUCUGUGGCAUACAUGCCUCAGCAAGCAUGGAUACAGAAUGCCACACUGAAAGACAACAUCCUCUUUGGGUCAUCCUUCGAUGAGGCUCGAUACCAACAGGUCUUAGAAGCUUGUGCCCUUCUUCCAGACUUGCAGCUGCUUCCAGGAGGAGACCUCACUGAGAUUGGGGAGAAGGGUAUUAACCUGAGCGGAGGCCAGAAACAACGUGUUAGCCUGGCUCGAGCAGUGUAUAGCAAUGCCGAUAUCUACUUGCUGGACGAUCCCCUCUCAGCUGUGGAUUCCCAUGUAGGACGGCACAUUUUUGAGAAAGUACUGGGGCCGGAAGGGCUGCUUCAGCAUAAGACACGGAUCCUAGUGACUCAUAGCUUAAGCUUCUUGGCGCACGUGGAUGACAUUGUGGUGCUGGAGGCUGGAGCAAUCUCAGAACGGGGUUCUUAUAGCACCUUACUGACCAAUGGCGAGGCAUUUGCUCAGCUGCUCAGCACAUAUGGGAACCAGCAGGAAAACAAGCCUGAAGAGGAAGCCACAGUGGGUAUCAGUGAAGAGGUGGAACUGGAGGGCGACAUUGAACCUGGAUCUGAAGACGUGCCAGCUGAUGUGGUGACUAUGACCCAGAAGAGUGAGACCAGUGUCCAGCAAAGGAACUUCAGCCGCAGCCUCAGCAUCAAUAGUACUAUGUCCCAUCAAGGAAAGCUGAAAGAGAAGAAGCCAGUGGCAGAGAUGAAGGGACAGAGGUUGAUUGAGAAGGAAGCCAUGGAAACUGGCAAGGUGAAACUGAUUAUGUAUCUGCAGUACAUGAGAGCUGUUGGCUGGGGCUUCUCAGCAUGGAUCCUCAUCUCCUACAUACUACAAGCUGCGUUCUCAAUUGGCUCCAACCUAUGGCUUAGUGAUUGGACAAAUGAUGCUUCCCUUUACCAGAAUGAGACCUACCCAGCUUCCCAACGUGACAUGCGUAUUGGUGUCUAUGGGGCAUUGGGUGUAGGCCAGGCUCUCUUCCUGCUGACUGCGACCGCUAUAGCUUCCUAUGGAGCUAUGCGAGCUUCCCGAUUCCUGCACGACAAGCUGCUGACUAACAUCCUGCAUGUGCCCAUGAGUUUUUUUGAUUCGACACCAAUAGGCCGCAUUGUGAACAGGUUUGCCAAGGACAUGUUCACUGUGGAUGAGAGUAUUCCAAUGUCCUUCCGCUCUUGGUUGAACUGCUUUUUGGGAGUUAUCAGCACUCUGCUAAUUAUCUGCUUGGCCACACCAUUUUUUGCCAUCAUCCUGCUGCCUCUGGCAAUCCUCUACUUCUUUGUCCUGCAAUUCUAUGUGGCCACCUCCCGCCAGCUACGGCGCUUGGAUUCAGUCAGCCGGUCGCCCAUCUAUUCCCACUUCAGUGAAACAGUCUCAGGUCUUUCUGUCAUCCGGGCAUAUGGGCACCAGGAACGUUUCCUACAACACAAUGAGAAGAUUGUGGAUAUCAAUCAGAAAAGUGUAUACUCUUGGAUUGUUUCCAACAGGUGGCUGGCCAUGCGACUAGAAUUUGUGGGGAACCUGGUGGUUUUCUUUGCAGCACUCCUGGCAGUCUUUGCCAAAAACUCCCUACAAGGUGGCAUUGUGGGACUCUCCAUCUCCUCAGCUCUCAGUGUCACUCAGACACUGAACUGGUUGGUGCGGAUGACUUCAGAACUGGAGACCAACAUUGUGGCUGUAGAGAGAGUGCAUGAAUACACAGAGGUGACCAAUGAGGCACCAUGGGAAACAGCACAGAGACCACCCUCUAACUGGCCCAGUAGAGGAGAGAUUAGAUUCAUUGACUACCAGGUCCGGUAUCGGCCUGAGCUGGGCUUGGUUCUUGAUGGGAUCAACUGUGAUAUCAAGAGCACUGAGAAGGUUGGCAUUGUGGGUCGAACGGGGGCUGGGAAAUCCUCGCUCACUAACUGCCUCUUUCGCAUCCUGGAGGCAGCUGGAGGGAAGAUCCUGAUAGAUGGGCUCGAUGUCGCAACACUUGGCCUUCAUGAUCUGCGCCAGAAACUCACCAUCAUCCCACAGGAUCCUGUUCUCUUUUCGGGGAGCUUGCGCAUGAACCUGGACCCCUUUGAUCAGUACUCAGACGAAGAGGUCUGGCAUGCCCUGGAGCUGGCACACAUGAAGUCUUUUGUGCACAGCCUGCCUGAAGGCCUGUCCCACCCAGUGAGCGAGGCAGGAGAGAACCUGAGUGUGGGGCAGCGGCAGCUUAUGUGUCUGGCACGGGCUCUUCUCCGUAAAUCCAAGAUUCUGAUUCUGGAUGAGGCAACAGCAGCUGUGGAUAUGGAAACUGAUCACCUGAUCCAAGAAACGAUCCGAACGGAGUUUUCUAACUGCACUGUGCUGACCAUUGCCCAUCGGUUGCACACCAUCAUGGACAGCAAUAGGGUAUUGGUGCUCCAAGCAGGGAAAAUUGUGGAGUUUGACAGCCCUGAGAUUCUGCUCCAACAGCAAGGACUCUUUGCAGAAAUGGCAAGGGAUGCUGGCAUCUCGGGAAAUCAAAACACUGCACUUUAGGGUAGCUGGAGAGCUCAGCAGCAAGACCAAGUACAUGUAUCAGAGAGCGGCUGCUCUAGGCCUGCCUGUGUUUCCGUGUGACAAAACUCUUGCCUGAACAGGCAGAGCCACUCUGCCAGGACCAUAUCCUGGAACGGUUGCUUUCCUGGUCCUAUCAGUUAACCCUUGUUUGACUGAAGGGAUAUGUCAUUAAUGCCAACGUCUCUAAUCUAGAGACGAUCAGAAAAACCUCUUGAGGACCAGAUCAGAAAUUCCCAAACCAUUUUAGGUUUUUUUGAAAUGUCUAUAUACCUCUUCAUGGCAUGAAGGCAGCUAAAACCAGAUGUUAUUUUUCAUCUUUACUGUUCUGUUUGUUCCCCUGCCCACAACACUUUCAGUUGCUAUUUUGGAAAUACUAGGCAGAAACAGCAGGCUGUCUGCAUAUAUCAUGUCCCGAGUUCCUCUCCUUCUGUUUUGUUGAAAUAUAUGUAUUUUAUAAUGUG